AUGGUGAAUCAGCCCCUCAGUCCGAAGAUCAUAGCUGCCAUACCGUCGGAGCGUCUUCGCAUUCUGACCAUUAAGCCCUAUACGGGGACCAUCGACCCAAUGGAUCACCUCGAUCUUUUUACCUCUCAUAUGAUGAUGCAGGAUGCCUCUGACAUAAUGUGGUGUAGGGUCUUCUUGGCAACCUUGGAAGGGCACGCGCAUGCCUGGUAUUCAAACCUGGCCCAUCACUCCAUAGCAAAUUUUGCGCAGCUUCGGGGUAGUUUUCUGGCACACUUCGCACUGCUCCGAAGGCAUCAAAGUUCUACCAUGGCCCUCGUUAGUUUGAAACAAAACCAGGGAGAACCUUUGAAAGACUUCAUUUUGCGCUUCAAUAUGGAUGCUUUGAGCAUUGAGAACUUUGAUCACAGUGUAGCUAUGGUAGCAUUCCAGAAUGCCUUAAGGCCUGGUCCUUUUGCCCAGUCACUAGCCAAAAUGCCCCCGAUCACAUCCACAGACAUCUUAGGCCGUGCUAUGAAAUACAUAAAUGCUGAAGAACUUAUGCAAGCGAAGAGGGCAGAGCACGUAGAGAAAAAGGAGAAAAAGAAACACCCCAAAGAGAGGAAGAACGAGGAUCGGAAGGAAAAGCAUUGUCCUCGGUGGGACUCGAGUGGUUUUACCCCUCUGAUUGCCCCAAGAGUGGAGAUCCUUGCCACUAUUGAAGGCAAGGACUAUCUGAAGAAGCCUCGGCCGAUGAAAGCACCGUCUGAUAAAAGGAACCGGAAUAAGUACUGCCACUUCCAUCGGGAUCAUGGCCAUGAUACGGAAAAAUGUCACCAAUUAAAAGAAGAGACCUAA